AUGCGGCGAAGGAAGCACAAGCAAGUGCGCCGAGCCUUGCGCUUCUACCGAAUCCAACACGGAUUCAGGGCUCCCUUCAAAGUGCUGGCCGAUGGUAACUUCAUCAAUGCGGUGUCGGUUCUCAGGAACGGGGACCCCACAGAGCUACUUUCUGAGCUGCUCGGUGACAAGGUCCGUGUCUUCACCACCCCCUGCGUCAUGCAUGAGGUUCGCAAGAUGGGGAAUGAGCUGUCCAAGGCUCGCGAUGCCUGCCGGCGGCUGGCGCUGCAUCACUGCGGCCACGAGGAAACCACAAAGCUGCCUGCAGCAGAGUGCCUUGCGCAGCAAAUAGGUGAGGUCUGA